AUGCAGCUUCGAGAGGGAAACAAUGCUUUCCUGGCCUUCCUGGCCGCCGCCUUCACGGCCCUCGCAGUCGGUCCAGCAGCCGCCGACUCGUGCAAUCCCUUCACGCCCUUCGUGCCGAUAGAUCCCCAGAGCUGGGCGAACCCCGACAACAUGACCUGGGAUGAAUGGGUGCAGCCACCAGGCACCAAUUGGUCGGAUCCCACCCGCAAGGGUUCUGUCCGCAACUUCAACAUCGCCCUUGUUGUUGUCGACUACCCAGACAGACCCUUCAUCGUCACCCAGCCGGCGCACUCGACCAUCUUCAGCAAUCCCCAGCCUGCAGGUGCCGACGUCGCCCGGGAAGACGUGCCCACUUUCUAUCGCGAUCUUCUCAAUACCCCCAACGACCUGAACCGGGGCCACACUCUUCACGAGUACUGGAUGGAGGACUCGGUCGGUCGCUUCGGCGUCGAUCUGACGGCUUUCGGCGCUUAUCGCCUGUCUGGCAACGGAUACCAAUAUGGCAUUGACAGCGGCAUGAAUCCUGGUGCAUGCCCGGAGGGGGAGAGGUGCGGCCUGAACAUCCGCACCGAUGCCCUUGCGGCAUGGCGCGCUGACGUGGGCAACGCGACUGCCGAUGCCUUCGAGCUAGUCUUCAUCCUCUCCGCUGGCCAGGACGAGUCCUCUACGUGGCAAGAGUUUGGCGAGAUGAAGUUCAAUGGCCCUGAGGAUGUCCCGGACGAGUUUGGCCCUCCGAAAUCCCGAAACAGCUCGCUGCCCAACUACGCGCGCACGCGCUAUGUGCCUUGGACUUCGUGGGCGGCCGCUUCCACCCUUUGGCCCAACGCUGGUGGCGGCUCCUCCACACAGGGCGAAAGCUCGGGCAUGGCCGUCUACGCUCACGAGCUGAGCCACUUGCUGGACAUUGGCGACAACUACAAUAACCCUUACGGCCUCCCGUUGCGCAGGGCCUUCACCGGCCCUUGGUCUAUGAUGUCGCGCGGCUCCUUCAACGGACCCGGUGGCCCGCAUACACGCUGGCAGGUCCCGGCGCUGCAGGGCUCCUCGAUGGGAUCGCUACACACUCUGCGCGACAAGUUUCAGCUCGGAUUGAUCAAUAAGACAGACAUACUCUGGCUGUCUCGUGAGGCUUUGGCUACUUCCGGAAUCGCCGUGGCCAAUCUUGUGGCCCGCUCUGUCGACCCAGGCGACGGCUUGAUGGGUGUCCGCGUCAUCAUGGACGCCGACCGAUCCCCGGCGUGCAACGCCACGACAGAGGUUCUGUGCGACGGCGGGGGCUGGAACAACUACGACGUCGAAGUCGUCGACCGCAUGGGUUCCGACUCGUUCCAGCCCGACUCUGGCGUCUUGAUCAGCAAGUCCAAGAACGUCGAUAACCAGCCCUUCCAGUGGGUCAUUGACGCCAACCCCCAGGACAUUGAACUUGUCGACUUCCACCGCCCCAACGGUUCCGUCGCCAUGAUCACCCUGGGCGACUACCGCCAGCUUGCCGAUGCCCUCUUCCACGCGGGGCCGAACUCGGGCAGCGAGUUCGAGUUCGUCGACAAGCCCAACAGCCUGCACUUCUACAUCAUCGACCGCCACCGCGACGACCAAGGGGUUCUUUCGUACACGGUCGCUGUCAGGUCACUCGAGGGCGAAGGCGGCGCGAGCAUCCACGACGUGUCUAUGGGAGACGGGGCUGUGACUGACCUCAAGAGCAACACGCCCACCGGCCAAGGAGUGACCUGCUCGUUCCAGCUUACCAACAGCGGCUCCCACGUAACCGUCGACCCGGACGUGGCUCAGCACCCCGAGGAUGUGUCGGCCUUCUUGAACUCGGACGUCUACAGGCUGAGCGCCGAGGUCGAGGGCGCCGGCUGGCGCGUGGAGCUGCCCAACGCCCUCGUCGCGGCCAAGUUUGGCGAGAUCAAGACGGCUAGGGUUUUCGUCGGGGCUGCAUCAGAAGCGGUGGACUCGGCCGUGGUGACGUUGAAGGCGACAUCCGAGUCCGAUCCGUCCGUGGUUGCUUCUGCCCAGUGCCGAGUGGCCAAGUCAUGA